AUGGCUGUGGCCCUGAGCUGUGCACUCCAGGCCUCGGCGAACAAUGACUCCGCGUCCAAAGAGUAUGACUCUGACUGUGAAGUCUUCAGGCAGCGCUUCAGGCAGUUCGUGUACCACCCCAAGGCCGGGCCCCGUGAGGCUUUCCACAACCUGUGGGAGCUUUGCAGUCAGUGGUUGAAGCCAGACGUGCGUUCGAAGGAGGAGAUCUUGGAGCAGCUAGUGUGGGAGCAGUUCCUAAUGGUGCUGCCCCCUGAGAUUCAGACCUGGGUGAAGCUCUACCGCCCAGAGAAAAAAGAAAGAGUUCUGGCUCUGGUGGAAAAACUCCAGACGCUACUAGACACUCCAGAGGAGCAGGCAGAGCUCAGGGCUCUGUGUCCCUUUGACAUCACGGAAGAGAAGUUUGCAGAGGACGAUGUGAGCGCUCGAGUUGUACAGGCAGACAGUGAACCGGGAAACAGAUGCGUCAGCCCCCCGGGCGUGUCGGCGCCUCCGGAUGGUCAGCGGCCCCCUGCAGGAGCAAAGGCUGCAAGCCCUCACCAGGGACAGCCUGCGGCCGGGAAAACCUCGCAGCAAAAGAGUGUCAGGGAGAAACAUCUCCAGUGUCCCCACUGUGAUAAGCGUUUUGCUCGAAAGUCACAUCUUACUGGGCACCAGGUGGUUCACUCGGCAGCACCUCACCACUGCCCCGUGUGUAGGAAAACGUUCCUCCGUAAGUCAGACCUUACCAGACACCUACGAGUCCACGCAGGGGAGAAGCCCCACCAGUGUAGCAUAUGUCAAAGGCGAUUCUCUCGCAAGUCACACCUUGUAGGGCACCAGAACACGCACGUGGCAGGAGAGACCUAUACCUGCAACCAGUGUGGGAAGCAGUUACGUCACCUAUCGAGUUUUCAGAGACACAUGAAGGCUCAUACGGGUGAAAAGCCCUAUGUGUGCCAUGUUUGUGAUAGAAAUUUCAAUCGAAUGACAUCUCUUACUUUACACCAGAGAACGCACACAGAUGAGCGGCCUUUUCGGUGUCAUUACUGUGAGAAAUCCUUUCGGCAAAAGCCAACUCUCACUGUUCACCUAAGAGUCCAUACAGGGGAGAUGCCUUACACGUGUACCUAUUGUUCUCAGAGCUUCAGGCAGAGAGCGAGCCUUACUGUGCACAAGGUGUCUCACUUGACAGAAGACAUAUUGCAUAGUUGUUGA